CGUAGAUACUGCAGUUUUUUAAUAAAUUUUAUAGGUACCCAUGUGUACACAUUACCUAAUAUAUAAAUCUGCGUUAUUAACAGGGGCAUCGGUAUAAAUGUACGAAUAAGAAGAGGCGAAUUGUCGAAAAAUGUCCCGUCUCCAUUUAUCCAACACUUCAACAGCUACUACUUGUGACGAUUUUGAGUUGCAGAGACUUGUAGUACUAAAUGAGGAAACCGAAGACUCGCCUAUUUUCCAUCAACCAAAAUUGAAGACGUGCCAGUGUCAGUGCCCUUAUCUUGGCUUAUUACUAGCGACAUGUAGUUCGUUUUUCUUUUCAAUGUGUUCCGUUAUAGUUAAAUGGAUGGCGGAAAUAGACCCAACAGCAUUAGCCGCAUAUCGUUACGUUGGUGUUUUGCUGCCAGCCAUUCCCGUUGUUUUAUACAAACAAGAACCGGUUAUUCCCAAGGGGAAAUGUAUGGUAUUGAUUCUUCGAUGUUUUACUGGAACGAUGUCUUUAAUGUUAAGUUUUUACGCGUUCCGACAUAUGUCCCUCGCGGACGCUUCUGUAAUAAUUUUUUCGGUCCCCGUAUUUACAGCUAUUUUUGCCAGAAUGUUUUUGAAAGAACCGUGUGGCAUUUUCACUGUAUUUUCGAUAGUUCUUACUGUUAUUGGCGUAAUUUUUAUAGCUCGGCCUUCGUUUCUAUUUGGCUCUAUGAUAAAUUCUCUGGGAAAUUCGCGAGGUGAAUUGGAAAUUUGGGGAAUAGUGGCUGCGUUUUCUGCCACGCUCUUUGGAGCAAGCAUCUACGUUUUACUAAGAGCACUAAAAGGAGUACAUUUUUCUGUUUUAAUGUCCAAUUUCGGCGCUUUCGCUCUUGUUCAGUGUUUGCUGAUAAGUUGGUGGGUGGGAGGUUUAUGCAUGCCACCUUGCGGCUUCGACAGAUUGCUGAUAGUUGCAUUAGCUGUUUUUAGUUUUAGUGGUCAGAUUUUGUUAACGUUAGCACUCCAAAUGGAACAAGCAGGUCCAGUCUCUAUAGCGCGAAGUGCUGAUAUCGUCUUCGCGUUUAUUUGGCAAGUUUUGUUCUUUGAAGAAGUACCCAAUAGGUAUUCGGUUACGGGAGCCGUUUUAGUUCUCACGUCGGUUAUUUUAACCGGUAUGAGAAAAUGGGCCAUAGCGCUCCCUGAAACGUCCUCUUUAAAACAUAAAUUAAAAAUAUUUACCAAGUAGGUAAAAUCAUCUUAGCUUAAAUGUACGUCCAUUGUGGAUUAGACAUAUUUGAAAUGCUACUGCUGUAAAUAUUGCAAUAAAGUCUUACAGAUUAAUUAAACUUCUUAAAUACAUAUUAUUACGAUAUGUGCUGUGAUUUAAAUCAUGGAUGCGACGCAUUUAUUACGCCGCUGCCAAUAGUAAUAUUAUCAUCUGUGAAAGCCAUACGCUCGGAGGCACUUUAUCUAUGAGAAGCUUCUAUGGUAGUGGAAUCAAUGACAUAGAUUAGAGAUGUACAAUAUACUAUAACAUCUCGUAUCUGUGUUCAAUAGAAUUAACCUCACUACUCUGUUAUCUAUGUAAUUUAAUGUAACCUCACAACUUAAUGCACUUUCGAUUGGUGACGAAGCGUUUUCUUUUUGCUAAAUUUUUUCAAGAAAAAUUGUGUGUGUGCGUACAGUGUCAGUGCGUAUAAAUUAAUUCCAAAAAAGAAAAGCGCAU